AUGUACGCUCCCGGCUACGGCUUUCAGGUCUCCAAUGUCCCUCCGACCUUCAACAACGCCGCCCCACCUCCAAAUCAGAACCCUCAUAUGCAGCAAGGCUCUGGCCCUACUCAGCCAGGCCAGCAGAUGAUGUACAACCCCAACCAAUUCGCUGGCAUGUCUGGUGGCCAGCCAGGCUUUGUCGGAGGUCCCAAUCCUGCGAUGAUGUCUGGCGCUGGUCCUGCAGGCAUGAUGCAGAACGCCGGCAUGCCGCACAUGGCCGCCAAUGGUCAGAUGGCCUUCCAAAACCCGUAUCAGGGCAAUCCCUACGGCGGUAACAUGCCCGCGCCGGGCGGCCAACAUCCCAACUUUGGGGGAAUGCAGGGCUUCCCGAUGAACGCGGCCAUGACGCCUCAGCAGCAGCAGCAGAUCAUGAUGCAGCAACAGCAGCAGCGUAUGCAGGCGCAACAGCAAGCGCAACAGCAACAGCAACAACAAGGGCAGGCAAACGCUGGUGGGAUGCCGUUGGGAUCGACACCGCAAAGACCGAUGAGCGCGGCGCAAGGGGGUCACGGGUCACCAAACAGUGCUAUGCAGCAUCAGCAGCAUCAGCAACAGCAGCAGCAACACCAUCAACAGCACGCCCAGCAACAGCACCCGCAACAUCCCCAACAGCAGCAGCAGGGCCAGCCCCAGCAGCAACAUCCACAGCAAGGCCAACCUCAACAACCCCAGCAACCACCUCAUCAGCCGCCUCAGCAGCAACAACAACCUGGUCAGCAGCAACAGCAACAGGCGCAACAGCAACAACAACAACAACAACAACACCAACAGCAGCAGCAGCAACAGCAACACGCCCAACACCAACAGCAAAAACAGCAGCAGCAAUCUCAAUUCCCAACUCCACAGGCCCCGUCGCACGGCCAGCCGCCGGCAACGACAGCACCUCAGCAGCAGCAGCUCGCGGCCUCUGUUACCACCCCCCAAACCCCGACCUUUCCCCCACACAACCAGAAUGCGACGGUCAAUGGCACCUCCACGGUGUCUACGCCCUUGAGCCCUGGCAGCGAAUCACGGGAACAGGAACGAUUUUCACUGCUGCUUGAGAUCAACCAAGAACUGCUGUACGAGUCAAUGCAACUACAACACACUUUGACCGAGUUGAAGAAGGAAGCUGCGCCAACAGGAGAGGGUGACCCAGCGAGGAAGCCCUCGCAAGAGGAAACCGCAGUCCAACAGGACUACAGCCAGUAA